AUGGCAUACACAUCGGGAGAAGCUACGCCUCUGCUAGGUCCUUCUGGACCUUCAUCCAAGAUCUUAUCAGAGACGCAAGUGUAUCCUCUAAUACAUCUAAUACGCGUAGACAUAAUGGCUCAUAUAGACGCACCUUUGACUUAUGAGCAAUUACUAGCUCCAGAAUCAACUUAUACUAUAGUCAGACCUUUGACUGAAAAGUAUCUGGAAUUGCAAAACCAAGCUACAGUGUUCUGCUUUUUGCUUAACAAAGUUCAGUUCACAAGAGAUUCGGCUCAACUUUCGAUAUCAACAUUAUCAACUGCUCGUGCGAAUUUAUGUGAAAUUUUAGCCAUCCGUGUUUUGAGAGGAUGGUCAGAACGUAGUUUACUCCUUGCAACGGUGCUGUUAACACCUUGGGCAUUAUUUCAAGGCGCGUCUGAACAAGUCAUAGAAAGAGCAAGGGAAGAAGGUGAUGAUGAGCUCUUGACUCAGGGGGGAAACGCAUUAGAAAUGGCGAUUAUAAGUGGUUCGAAAAGGUUCAUCAGAAGUCCUUCUUGUCAAAAAGUGAUAGAGGGUAUAUGGACAGGUAGAAUAAUAUAUUCUGCCUUGAACGCCCAUGCACUGAUAGCAGAUAACUAUAAGAAGAAGCCCAUCCAGAUGUAUAACCCACAUAAAGCACCCUUAUUGGACCACUAUCGAUUGAAGGUCCCCCGAGUUCGGUCAAUGAUGGAAUAUAUGAACUUUCUGGUAUUAUUUACGCUAUAUGUAAUAGCUAUAGAAGGUCUGCAGGAAGAUCGAUUAAACGGAAGGGAAGUUUGUUUCAUCAUAUACGCUUUGGCAUUCUCGCUGGAUAAGUUGGCUGCUAUAAGGGAACACGGUCUGAAGGUGUUCAGCAGCAGUUUAGUCAACGGCUUCGACCUACUAUUCAUGUUGAUAUAUGCCGUGUACCUUGGAGCAAGAACGUAUGGAUUCCAUUAUAAUGAUCAAUCUGCUUUAGAGUUAGGCUCAGACUGGCUGGCUAUUGGUGCUGUGCUGAUCUUUCCUCGGUUGGCUUUUGUCACUUUGGCGAAUAACUUGAUGGUCCUGAGUAUAAGAUCGAUGUUGACUGAGUUCUUCUUCUUGAUGAGCGUCGGCUUUUUCUGUUUCUUGGGAUUUCUUUAUGCCCUGUUCACUCUAGGUCAAGGCCGUUUCGCUCUGUCACAAAUUGGCUGGUGGUUGUUGGAAGUGUAUUUUGGAUUAGAUGCUUCAGGAUUUGAACAUGCUCACGUUUUCCAUCCCUUUCUUGGUCCUGUCUUGAUGGUCUCAUACGCCCUUUUGUCAAACACUCUACUAUUGACUGUACUAGUCGCCAUCUUGGGUAACACAUUCGCAACGAUUAAUGCAGACGCAGCUGCAGAGUCCAUGUUUAGGAAAGCCGUCUCAACACUUGAAGGUGUCAAAGCCGACGCUGUUUUCAGUUAUCAGCUACCGUUUAACCUUGUUGCUGUGGUGGUGAUGUGGCCGAUGAGCUAUAUCCUCGGCCCAAGAUGGUUUCAUAAAGUCAAUGUAUUCAUGAUCCGAGUGACCAGUUUACCCGUGCUCUUAGCUAUUGCUCUGUACGAAAGACAAUCAUUCCGCGAGCAAUCACUGAUGGAGCAGUUUGGAGAUUUCGCUGAAAAAUACGUGGGCAGUUUACCUCGACGCAUCAAAGCAGCAGCCGGAUUCGACAAUUUUGGAAACAGGCGAGAUAUCGAAAGCGUGUUUGAAAUUGAGCGAGAAGUAGGAGACUUCUAUAAAGGCUGGGAAGAUGACGUGUUCGAAGAAUCCGAUUUCCAGCUUCCUCCAGCUGCGGGCGACGAAACGUCUUCAUCAGAUGAAGAUGAAAUCCACAAAUACUCGAAUAAAGACACACCGAAGAAAUAUGAUCCUGCCCAACAUCAAAAUGCUACCACUCCGACCAGGUUGAUGUUUGCUGAUUCUGCAACUAUGACAGCUUCACCUUCAAGAUUAGAACAUGGUGUAGAGACUGAUCAACAAUCAUCUUCGAUGGAUGGAGUGCCUACUCCUAGACCAAGAAGAAGUUCGAUGCCUUCAGCUCCAAGAUCACCGAAUAUCGAUAUUCGGCCUCAGGCUCAACUUCAAUUACCUCUUAAUAGACCAAGAAGGAACUCCUCAAUGCACGGACCAAGUCCUUUAGCUCAAUUGUUCAUGAGUCCAGAUACGGAAAGGAUGUAUCAUGGUCGAAGAAAUUCAAUGGCUGGAUUGGCUUUAAGUACGUCACAUCCUACACUAAGCUCAAUGCUUAAUCCCAAUCGAAAACAACGACAACAUACUAGAUCGGGAUCACUAUCGCAACCACAACCUGAAUCAGCUCAAUCUCAGCCUCAGUCUCAACAGGAUAAUCAGGUUUUGGGUGAAGGUGAUAUAGGUCAUAAAGUGGCUGCUAGAUUGAAAUCAAAUUUACCAAAACCUUCUUUUGCGCCGAUAUUGGAAAGUAGACAAGCUUCUUUUAGCGGUAUACAUAACAACAAUAAUGAUGAUAAGAGUAAUACAGAUGAACGUAAUUCCGAAGGAUCAAGAACGCCAACGCCAAGUAAAAUACCACUCUCAGCAACUCCCAGCUCCGACUCGAAGAAGAAAGAUGAACUAGGUACUGGCUCUGAUACUCUACUGGAAAGUGCAGCUACUAUCAAAAGUAACAAAAGUGUUCCAUUUCCAGAAAUGAAACGGUCCGCUUCACCUUUACCUUCACCUUCACUCUCGACCGCAACGCCCACCCCAACAUCAGCGAUGACUGGUAAAUCAGUCAGGUUUCCAGGUUCACCUUUGGUCACACCAGGAAACUCAAGAUCAACAAGUCCUUCUCCAUCAUCUUCACAAUUAUUACGUAUUCCAUCAUCGUCAUCUGGGAUAGAUACGCUGAAAGCACCGAAAUCGCCCAGAUCUGGCAUAGUGAAAGCUAGUCAAGUUGAAGCUAUGCAAUUGAAUAGACCAGAAGAAGAAAGACAAUUGGAAAUAGGUAUGGAUAAAAGAUUGGAUGGUAUGGAAAGGAGACAAAAGAGAAUAGAAGAGAUGUUGGAGAGAUUGUGUAGAGGUUUAGGUGAAGGGAAGGAAAGAGAUGCUUCGAAAGGUAGAUAA